GCAACACCGUCUUUCUUCGCCCAACUUUUCCCUGUUCAUCCGUCCGGACGCCGAAGCGGACCAAGUAGCUGACCGAUUGCGGUCCUCCUCGACAUUCAUUGCAGACCUCUCAUGGACUUCGAGCCACUGUUCUUCUGCCUCCUACUCAAAGCCAUUCGCUGAGUGAUACUGGACUUCCACUGGAAGGACCCGAGAGACACGACACCGCCAAUCGGAACGCAACAGAGUGGUGACCCGGCGCCAGCUCGUUUACAUCAUGUCUCCUCAAUCCAGCGACCGCGAUUCCACAGACGUCGCAGCUCUUGCGCUCCUCGGCAAGAAACAGGUUCUCGAACGCCGCUUCAGCUUCGCUACUCUUCUCGGUUUUGCUAUUUGCGAGCUGAUCACCUGGGAGACUGUCCUCGCACUGUUCAGUCAGGCCUUCCUGAACGGUGGACCUUCUGGCAAUGUCUACGGCUUCAUCAUCGCUUGGUCCUCCACAGCUUCCGUGUACACAGUCAUAUCCGAACUCGCAUCCAUGGCUCCGAUCGCUGGCGGUCAGUACUAUUGGGUGUACAUGCUGGCUCCUCCGGAGUACAAAGUUGUGUCCAGUUACGUCACGGGCUGGUUGACAACUUUGGCCUGGAUUGCGACAGUUGCGACUGAGACGUUGUUUGGCGGCACGAUUAUUCAAGGAGUGCUCAUUCUGAAUCAUCCGGAUUAUGCUGAGAAGAGGUGGCACGGGACGCUCUUGACGUGGGCUGUGAUAGCGUUUUGCAUGUUCAUGAACCUCGUGUUGCCACAUUGGUUGCCCAAGUUUAACUUCGGCGUCAUGAUCUUUCACCUCUGCGGCUUCGUGGCGGUACUGGUGACUUUGUGGGUGAUGACGCCUUCUCUGAAGUCGAAUGAGUUCGUGUGGAGGACUUCGAUGAACGAAGGUGGCUGGCCCACUCAAGGAUUGUCGUAUUGUGUAGGCUUCCUUGGCAAUGUCGCAACAUUUGUCGGAGCGGAUGCUAGUGUACACAUGGCAGAGGAAGUCGCAAACGCGGCGACCGCAAUACCAAAGGCGAUCCUGGGCGCCAUGCUCAUCAAUGGUCUCGUCGGAUUCGUAAUGCUGGUCACAAUUCUGUACUGCCUGGGCGAUACAGACUCGGUCCUCAAUACGAAAACGGGAUUUCCAUUCAUCCAGAUCUUCCAGAACAGUGUCCAAAAUGUGGGCGGAACUGUUGCCAUGACGGCAAUUGUGAUUGCGGUGACCAUCGCCUGCUCGAAUGGUAUCACGACAACCGCAUCCAGAAUGACCUGGUCCUUCGCCCGUGAUCGUGGUCUACCUUUCUCUCCCGCACUCUCCCGAUUGACGCUGAAGACGAAGAUACCGUGGGUGGCGGUGCUGGCCGUGACCGGAAUCGCUGCUUUAUUGACCCUCAUCUACAUCGGAUCUGAAACAGCUUUCAACGAUGUGGUGUCACUUACCAUCACCGGAUUCUAUGGCAGCUACUUGGUUCCGGCAUCAUUCCUGCUUUACCACCGCAUCAACGGCAACAUCGCACCUCACGGCAGUGAUCAGGAGGAUCUCUCUUCUUCGUCGGCGCGCGAUCUGGUCGAAGAUGGACGUAUCGUCAAAUCACCAACAACUUCGGAUGAAAGCACAGAUGGCAGCACUGUUGUCGCCGAGACUCGUCUGGUGUGGGGUCCAUGGCAUGUUCCUGGAAUCUGGGGUAUCCUGAACAACUUGUACGCCUGCUGCUACAUGACCUUUGUUAUCUUCUGGAGUGUUUGGCCUCCGACGUACAAAGUCACGGCAUCGACCAUGAAUUAUUCGGUCGUGAUUACAGGCGGUGUACUGAUCUUGAGCGCAGCGUACUUUUAUGCGUAUGCGAAGAAGCAUUACAAGGGUCCGUUGAUCGAUGAGGAGAUCGCUGCUCUGAUGAGGAUCAGAUCUGUGGUGCCUGUCAGGACGUAGAUUCGGUGAUGAAGUCGGCGUGGAAGAGAGUACAUAUGUAGAUUUUGGCAGCUGAAUCCCUUGCCACUUCUUACUCGGCCG